CUAGCCCGCCCCUUCCGGCCCCGGGCGGCGGCCGCCAUGGAGGACGCCCUGCGCUUCUCCUUUGGGGUCAUCGCGGACGUCCAGUACGCGGACGCGGAGGACGGCUGCGAUUUCUGGGGCUGCCGCCGGCGGUACUACCGGCACAGCCUCCGCCUGCUGCGGGCCGCCGUGGAGGCUUGGGCCGCCGAGCGGCCGCCGCCCGCCUUCGUGCUGCAGCUGGGCGACUGCAUCGACGGCGUCAACGCGCGGAGCGGCUCCGCCGAGGCGGAGGCGGCGCUGGCGCGGGUGCUGGCGGCGCUGGGACGGCUGCGGGUGCCGGUGCACCACGCCUGGGGCAACCACGAGCUGUACAACUUCGCCCGGGCCCGCCUGGCGCAGAGCGGCCUCUGCAGCCGCCCGCCGCCGGGCCCCGGCCCGCCCGCCGCGCCGCCCGGCGAUUGCCACGCGUACCACUUCUGCCCGGCGCCGCGCUUCCGCUUCGUGCUGCUGGACGGCUACGAGCUGAGCCCGCUGGGCCGGGACACCGACAGCCCCCGGCACCGGGCGGCCCUGCGGCUGCUGAGGGAGAAGAACUGCAACGCGGACCUCAACAGCCCCGCAGGACUGGAAGAACCUCAGUUCGUAGAAUUCAAUGGAGGAUUUAGCCAAGCCCAGCUGGACUGGUUCGAUGACAUACUCAGGUUCUCCGAUGAAAACCAUGAAAAAGUUGUCGUUAUGGGUCAUCUGCCCAUUCACCCAGAUGCUUCAGACAAAGUUUGCCUAGCCUGGAAUUACAGAGAUGCUCUUUCUGUCAUACACUCUCAUCAGUGUGUGGUCUGCUUUCUUGCAGGGCACCUGCACGAUGGUGGCUACUGUUUAGACUCACAUGGUGUUCAUCAUCUUACUUUGGAGGGGGUUAUUGAAACUCCACCUGAAAGCAAUGCCUUUGGAACUAUUUAUGUCUAUGAUGAUAAAAUGGUAUUAAAGGGAAGGGGCAGAAUUUCAGACAGAGUGAUGUGUUUCUGAAAAUGCCAAGCAGAUGUCUAACUGCCAACUUUUCUCCUUUAGGAAGUACUCAGACUAAAAAGUAUGGCAUCCAGCAUGUUCUUUGCUUGUAGAAAGAUCUACAUGUCUGAUGCUUGCAGUUUUAACUCUCAUGUUUCUCUCUCAGAUACAGAACUCUAAAAAUUAUGUUUUUGUAAGGAACAAGAUUUAACUUUUUGGAGAAUAGAGAAGGCCAGUAACCGUGUUUGAAGAAUGCAGAAUGUUGACUUAACCACCCAGUCCUGAACAGAUUGCUGUUCAUUGUGAAAAAAACACAAACAAAAAGCCACUAGGUGGUAGUUUUGUUUUUCCAGGAUAUACCUGAUUUAGUCAGAUUUAAAGCAUUAAAAUUGUACCCACCCAGAAGCAGCUACAUACAUCUAGCUGGAAAGUCCAAGCUGUAGCCUAAAGCAGUCUUCUUAAUGCUGCUUUAAAAGACUAAAGUCAUUUUGAAAAAAGUGAAGCCAAUGAAAAUGGGCACUGUCUAUGCUACAUCAGAGCACAGUGCAGAGAGGCCCAAGCUUUAAAAUAAAAUAAAGGCAGGAAAACUAUGGCAUCGUGUAAUGCUGCAGAUAUAGCAGGUGGGAUACGUGUGUAUCCCUGGCCUGCAGCAGCACUGAGGGAAACAAGCUCUGAGCUCUGACUGGGGAUGACUCGAAGCGUGGUGCUGUGCUGCAUCUGGAUCCAUGCUGUCUCCACAGCCUGAGUAUUCACGCUCACCUGCACGUGCUUCUCCAUGACCAGUGAUGAUGGAGCAUGCUUACUGUCUCUGGGCUGCUGUACGAGUUCUGAUUUCCAAGAACAGAAAUUCUUUGAGAAGCAGGUUGUAACAGUGACUGUGUCUGCUGGCGGCACUCUGUGAGCAUGCUUUUUGCAGAAAAUAAAGAAGCUUUCACUUGGUUUUCUUUAGAAAAAUAGUAUUUACUACUCUGUCAAAACCAUGACUUUCAGUUAAAGGUAACAGCAAAAAUAUUGCUUUAGAUAUAUUCCACUUACAAUUUUAGCAUAGGAACAGAAACAGACUGGUUCACCUUUCAGCAAAUCUCAGUGGAGUAUCUUGUCAGACAUCUUUCAAGUUUUAUAUCCAUAAUGAGUCAUUUAUUGAAACAAAGUGUUUGAUCUACUUUUCCCUUAAUGUUACAGAACAGUAGCUUUCCCAGAUACAAGGUGGAAGGAGAGACUGAACUGGGGAUGCCCAGAUAUUUUGAAUAAUUAAUCUUAUAUCACAAGAAGGUCAAGGGUGCUUUGAAAACAUCCAAAGAAGCAGGCUGAACAGUAUCCAUAGAAAAAUUCUCCCCUUAAAUUUGACAAUGUUCUUCUUUUUUUUUUUCCUGGAAGCCUCAAGCCACACUGUGGGAAGCAGCCGGCCAUUCCUGUCCUGUCAGACUGAUACUAACCUUUCAUUAAGAACCAAAAAGCAGCAGCAAAUAAGGUCAGAAUAUUUAUUUAUGUGCUGUCUCCACCCGGUCAAAUCACAGUUUUACAGUGUUCUGGCCAAGAUUCUCGCAUCUCUUUGUUCACAUAAAUGUACAGCCAUGAAACGAAGGGGAAGAGAGCAACCAAGAUCGCAGCAGUCAGAUGAAUUCCACCCAGCGGAUUCCUACAAAGAAGCAAAUGCAACAGUGCAGUUUCAAUUCAGACUGCUACCACUGCCGUGGCUGUGGUUCGCUAAAGACAGCAGAGAGCCUUUGGCCGCUGUAUCAUCUCUAUGUAGCUUCUGUAGCUGCAUCAGCAGAGUCUUUAGUGGAGCUGUACCAUAUGCCAGCAGAAAUGUGUUCUGCCACCUUCACAGGCUAUGUGAAACAGGCGACAAAAGCACUGCCCAGAGCACAUUGCGUGUUUCAACGUUACAAAAUAUUGUUUGGCAGCCUGAGACUUAUCAUGCUCCCAGCUGUUACAAAUUAAUUUAGUGAAACUGCUGUAAUACAGAUCUCCAGAGAGGCUGGAAGGGAAAGCACUUGCCCCCCUGUCCGUGCUGGUAGAAUGCAGCAGACCCCAUUAGACAAAGCACUCACUGGAAAGCUCUUAAUUUGGGAGCAAUGGUAGAAAUGGUUUUGUAGCUUUCAUUAGCAGUAGUGGCUCAUGUUCACUGGCCUGUUCCACAGAAAGAGCACACUGUCUUUGUACAAAAGGGGAAUGUGUCUCCUGCUCAUUAUUGCAGAAGAAGCAAGAAAAAAAAUGUUUUAAGUUUUCCUUCCCCCCACUUCUGCAGACUUCUAGAUGUAAAGGAUCCUACAAGCUGCAGCACCAAAUACUGCUGUUGAGGAUUAAGAUUUAGACGGUAACAUGAAUGGGAAAAUCACAGAACAUGAUGAGUUGGAGAGGAUCCAACAAAGCUGAGCUCCACACAAACAUCAAAACGUGAAGUAGAAGAACAAGCAGCCAAAAUCACCUACAGGUUUCCAAGAAGCUACUCACUAAAUCUGAACAUAUGAGUGAAUUAAGAAAAACUUACUUUGCUGAACUGCGACAAAGACUCAUCCAUGUUGUAAUGAUCACCAGACCAAACAACUCUCUAGAAAGCCAAACAAAAACUAGAUCAGAAAAUAACAGAAACAUCUGCUUGCUUAUGAAAAAUGCAAAUUGCCUCCAAAAGAAUAGGGUAAGUAUGGGCUGUCUCCCUUUGGAGAUGUUAAAUAUAUGUCAUAGGGACUGCACUUCAAAUAAUUACAGUACUGCUUCCCACCUCAAAUCUACAAACACACAACUCAGCUGUACAGCUGCAGAAAUUCCUGCUUCUGCUUUUGUUCCAUUGCUAAACUUAAUAUAAAAAAUCCCUUCUAUUAAAAAAAACCCCACAUAUAUAAAAAUAAACUUAACUAUAAAAAAGUGAAAAUAUAACUUUAUAAAAAUAUACUAAAUAUAAAAAUAAACUUCUAUAGCACAUUUCCCUCAUCAGUAUAUAUAGCAAAGCAACACUGCACUACUCCUCACUGUAAAAAGAAGUGCUAGCUGCUACUGCUUCCCCUCUGCUGAGCAAGCACCCAGUUUAGCCAAGCAAUCAAGGGAAUAUCCAGGUGAAAGAUCCUUCCUCCUCCUUGGUACCCAGCAAUUCAGAGGACUCAGCAGCCUGUGACAGUUAAGCACAGAAAUGGUAUCCCCUCAAGAGUUUUUACCACUAAAUGCUAUUUGUACAGCUCCUGUAGCACAACACACAGCUAUUUCACAGUACUGUGCUGUGGUCUCUGAAAGCCAGAACUGUCCCCAGUUAAAUCUAGCUGCCUCAGUUGGGUAGGAUUCAGGCAUGAUCCUUCAUGGCUGCCUUUCAGUCCUUUUAUCCAACAAAUAGCUGGUUUGUAAUGCUGUAUUCCUUCCUCCUUGGUUUGAUUUACCAGAACCAACAGCACCACUGCAGCAGUCCAACAGAGCUUAGCAAUGUGACCCACUGGGAGACAGCCUGGUGUACCGAAGUCUUUCAGGGGAAUUCAGUACUUACCUGCCCUCCUCUUCAUGCAAGAUGUUUCCUUGAGUAUAUGCAAACAAAGAGUAAGCCAAGGAAAUGGCCCCAAUAAUACAGCCAGCAGAAUGAAGGUCACAGAGGCUCCUCCAAAAAAAGUUUUCUGAGGAAAAGAAUAAGCUGGCAGAAACUGCAAUGUAGCAUGAAGUACAUUCUGUGAAUUGAAGAGUAACUAAGCUGCUAACAGAAAUGCCUGCAGCACAUAUGCCCUAGGCAGGAAGACAGAAUUAAUACCAUGUAUGACUAUGGAAAGCUGCUAGAAAGCGCUGUUGAAAUUGUACACUAGCAAGCUGGGGUCUUCCUUUCCCAGGAAUGCAACUUCUUGGCAGCAGUGCUGCAAAGAAAACGGUUUCCUGUUAGCCUAAGCAAGCAAAACAUAUUCCAGCGUUCAGUAUGCACAGAAAAUCAGAAGGCAGAUUACAAAUGGGAGUUUGCUUAAUUAGGAGAAACAGCUCUUCUGGAGUGCACGCUCACAGCUCUGACCAGCAGUGCUAAUGCCAUGGCACAAGGAGCAUCUGCCUCCAUGCUCCCUGACAAGCCCCCCUCUGACCUUUUGCCAGUGACCAUGAGCAACAUGACAUCUCUGCCUCGGGGCUGGGGACUAAUGUUUUAGAGAGAGAAACAGAGACAUGAAAAAUCUGAAUGGACCCACGGUUUCUUCUCGCUUUCCAUGUCCAUUUCCUCGAGGAGGAGAGGUGAAAUGGCACAUGCUGAGCUCCAGAUGAUCUCAGCAACAUCCAUAGCAAACACUGGGAAGUCAAAAGCAGUCUUUCCUAGGCACUGACUUCUCCAGGCAAGCAUGAAAAAUGAUGGGCUGCCAAAAUUCAAGAGUUCAUUGUGACCUAACUUCAUAAUAACACUAUAAACUAAUAAUUUGGCCAAACUCACUGCAGCUCUGCAGAGGCUGCAUUAGAGGUUCCAUAGGCCUGAGUGACAAAGACCACUUGUUGAAUUUACAUAAUGUCAAAUUACACAACAGUUGUGCAGUUUUAAUCUUGAUUUCCUAAAGAUUGUGGUGCAAGUAACAUACCUGUAAAUUAGCUUGCAGAUUCUCCUAACCAGUUGAAUGCCUCAACUAUGUUGAGGCUGUACCUACUGCAAGCCUCCCCUGAAAUGUCUGAAAACGCAGGCAGUGAUUCUCAUAGGUUCUGGUUUUAUGAAUGGUGCCACACUGUAUGCUUAAGGUGGAAAACUGUAAUGGUGUGAUUUGUGACAAUGACUGUACUCCUGAAGAUUCUCUCUUCUGGUAGAAGCGUAGUUUCAAAUCAGAUUAAACAUUCACUCAGAGAA